AUGAGCUUGUCUUAUCUAUCUAUCUAUCUAUCUAUCUAUCUAUCUAUCUAUCUAUCUAUCUAUCUAUCUAUCUAUCUAUCUAUCUAUCUAUCUAUCUAUGUGAGUUGUUUUGUUUGUCCACUUUAUCCCCAUCUCUACUAUCUAUCUAUCUAUCUAUCCGCCAUUUUUUCUCAUCUUUGGCCACAGUUGUUCUUCCCCACAUCCGGUCAUUACUUAUCAAACCGACUCAAUUGCAUCCGCGGAACGGACCUUCGGUAUAUGAUUCCAUUUUUUAUUACUUCUAUCUAUCUAUUUUUUUUUUUACUUCUAUCAAUAUGUAGAAGUUUUAUCUAUCUAUCUAUCUAUCUAUCUAUCUAUCUAUCUAUCUAUGUUUUUAGUAAUUCUAUAUAUCUUUUUCCUUUCUUUUUUCUAUCUCCUUUUGAUUUCUAUCUAGGUAUCUCUCUCUACCUAUCUACUUUUGAUAUCUAUCUAUCUAUCUAUCUAUCUAUCUAUCUAUCUAUCUAUCUAUCUGCGUUUGUUCUCUAUGCGGCAGUCACGCGCGGUGUCUCUCGACCGGUGGCUGGAACAAACUCUCUCUCUCUCUCUCUCUCUGCCGUAGUGUCUCGGCGUUCUGUUUUUAUCGACCCACGUACAUGGGGAGUGAGGCGCUCUGGGUAUGCCAGCGUUCCCAAAAAUCCAAUCAGAGCUCUCUCUGAAAAUGUCCAAAUAUGUGGAACCCCCCCACCACCUUGGAAUUCUACUUGGGCCUUCUCCCUCUUUUGCUCACCUGAUCAAACACGUUUUCUUCCUGUUUAA